AUGGUGGUAGAAUCCCGUGCCACACCUCCACAUCCACCAGGAUUGUCCCCACCACCUUCGCCAGCAAAAAUCAUCGCCAUAGGGAGGCCUGAUAGGCUACAGUUGGGCGAAGUACGCACAAUCUCCACCGGUUUCUACUAUACGAACCAAGGCAAGGUCCCUCCACAUUCUUCUACUUGUCUGGCUAAAAUCCGCAAGCUCGUAAGACCCCCCCUGCCCACUCCUUGUACCGGUAUGAGCUAUGUUACUCGGCCAGUCCAUGCAAGGACUCUGCGGUCCUAA